AUGACUCCUCCACCUCGCCCAGCAUCUAACAACCCCUUUUUGGACGAUAUGAGUCCACAGUCGGGAUCCGAAAGCCCAGAGGAAGACUAUUCCCCACCCCAACCCACGAACGGCAAUGGAGGCGGCGCGGGUUCCGCAUACCCAACAGCUCAAGAAGAAAAGAACAGGUUGAGGAGGAGAUACAUUGAACAGCCUUCGAUCUCGGAUCCUGUUGUUGACGAUUUGCCUCCCUCAUAUGACGAGGUCGCCGCAGUGUCGAAGAAGCCUGCAGCGCCAUACCCAAGAGAAAAAUCUUCUUCACGGUACGCCUCAUCUUCGACGCGGUCCAGUGACCGGAGAGAGUCUUCCGAGAGGUCUGCACACCGUCGUCACCGCGACGGCAGCGAGCGCACACACCAUUCUAGCAGCCGCCGCCAUCGUGAGGCCGGAACCCACAGCUCUGACCGUCGCAAGUCAUCUAAGGACAAAAAGUCUUCAUCCUCGUCAAAACCACUGGCCAAGAAUGUCGACACGAUUGACAAGCUUGAUGUGACCGGGCUGUUCGGUGGUGCUUUCCAUCACGAUGGGCCUUUUGACGCGUGCACUCCCCACCGUAACAGGAAUACCAAAGUUGCCCCUGUCAUGGCGUUCCCAGCGGACGGUCCAAACUCUUCUAUAGCCGGUGCUGCUAACAGCAAAUCUCCCAUGAAGGAAGUCUUUGGCCAGGAGGCCAACGACGAUGACGACGCCUAUCUGUACGGCAACAAAAUUUACAGUAGGGGCAAUAACUCUUCGACCAAUACUAUUGGCGCAAUAAAGCCUAACAUGAACGGCGUGACCCAAUUUGAUGUCAAAGCUAAGAACCUUGUACAUGGCCCUACCACAGUUGGAUUGGGGUCAACAACUUUUCUGGAUGGUGCUCCCGCUACUGGUGCCGCCAACAGCAACAAUAGGCUUCACCCCCAGCACCUCUCAAGCUCCCAAAUGAAGAAAGUCCCAUCUCAAAAGUCUGGGAAUGGCGAUUACGCAGCUUCAGGGGACGUUUACAGGCGAGAGCCCCUCAAACUUGCCAAAACUCACUCUGGGCAUCUUGAAAACGAUGAAGACAGCCCAGAUGAAGACGUUUACCUGAGCACUCGCUUUGAUCCUUCAGCCAAGAAGUCCUCGACGUCUGGAAACAAAUUCAUGAGAAGAGUGAAAAGUUUGAAAGUCGGGAGGAAAAGUUGA